CAGAGCGGACCAAUCAGCAGCCAGAUCGCUAACCCGUGGAAACUGAUGUUUGGUUUACUGUAGUUUGAAGAGAUGUCGCUGAAUAAGUGCAUCGGCAGUGUGCAGUACAUGAAGAAGAGGGUUCCAAAGAACGACAGGUACCAGCACGUGAAGACCAGGCUGGACACAGGAUGCAGCCUCACCAAGUACCUGGACAGACUGGAGGACAUUAAGAGAAAUUACAGGUAUCGAAAAGAUGAAAUCUUCAAGCGGUUAAAGGUGACAACGUUUGCACAGUUGGUACUUCAGGUAGCUUCUGUAUCGGACCUGAAUGAAAGUGAGAUUGACAGCAUAUCACAAUGCCCAGAAGACGGUCUGUCCGUGGUGUCUGAAGCCGACCUAGAGUCUCUGUCUGAACACGCCGACGGCUCGCCACGUUCAGAUCGCCAGGACGCAGGAGACAGCGGGGAAGUCUGCUACUCCGCAAGGUCGACACUGCUGAGUGUCAUCAGUGGCGUGGGAGAGCUGAACUUGGACAGGAACAAUCAGAAGACGGAGAACGUGUUGGUUCCCGUCCCCGAGCUCACAGACCGGCCCUACCCAGACUGCCCCUACCUGCUGCUGGACGUGCGGGACCGCGAACUAUACGACUGUUGCCACAUUAUCAGCGCACAACAUUUCCCUAUCGCCAUGCUGUCUCGAACAAUGAACCCCUACACCAAAGACGUGAUGGAAUAUAAAAAUACAGCCGGGAAGAUCAUCAUCGUGUACGAUGAGGAUGAGAGAAUAGCCGUCCAGGCAGCCACCGUCAUGUGUGAGCGAGGGUUUGAGAAUCUCUUCCUGCUGUCUGGAGGUUUAAAGGUUAUCGCUCAGAGAUUUCCAGAAGGUUUGACGACGGGCUCCAUCCCGACCUCGUGCCUGUCCUCCCCCACAUCGCUGAGGGCGAAGAAGAGCUCUGUGCCGCCGCGACAGCCGUCGAAAGUGGCAGAGAAGAGGUGGAGGUUCACGUCAGACGAGCUCAACAAGAUCCAGGAGCAGCUGGAGGAGACUCUCAUCCCCAGUAACUCCAACAGCCGCAUGUCCAGCCGCCUGUCAACCAGCAGCUCCCAGUCUCAAGCGUCCAGCGCUCUGAGUCGACAGAGUUCCUCUACAUCUGUGAGGGACAGCGCCAGGGUUCAGAGCAGCAGACCCUGGAAAUAACACCCCCCCACACACACACACACACACACACACACACACACACACACACACACACACACACACACACACACCUCCACAACUAUUACAGUAACACAUUCAUGUUGUUCUGACGCCCCUCUACCACACAGAUGCUUAAUAUGGAUUUUGGAAAUGACACACACCUUGGGAAAUAAAUGAACACUACACAACAUCAAAGACCAAAAUAGUUAGAAUUCUUAUUAAGACUGGAAAACAGUACAAAAUAAUAAUUCAAAAUCUAUAGGAACAGACAUCAAAGACAUUUUGUUACAUUAACCAGUGUCAUAUUGUUCUCUUUAUCGCCUCCGGAGAUAAAAUGUCAGACUGAAGUAUUUCCCCCUUUCUUCUUUUUACUUAUAUAUUUAAUAAAUGGUGUAAUGUUUGCACAGUGCCUCAUCUGUGAACCUAAGAACUGAUGGAUUGUUUUUUGCACUCAAAUUAAUUUUUCUUUUAGCACUAUUCUCUUUUUCUUUCACCAGCUGAUGAACGUGUACAGAUAAUCAAUUAAUUCUAUGGUAUCAUUAUUAUGUCCAAAAAGGUCCAAAAAGUCAGCUUAACUCACCAGCCAACAAAUAAAUGGCAUUCAUGAUAUGGAGGAUAUGCUGGGAAACUACAGUAUGUUUUACUGUGAGAUGUCAUUUAUAUUAUGUCACAGACCUUGAUCCAUUUUGUAAAAUUAGGAAAAGCUGUGCUGUAUUUUUGUAAUUUUUCCUCCACAUUGUCAUUGUUGUGAUUCCUAAACUGACGGCCUUCAUGUACAACCGUGUGCGUGUGUGUGUGUGUGUGUGGAUUAAAGUAAUUUGCGAACACAAUAACUGAUUAGCUGAGGCCUUUGCACAGACGGACUAUAAUUAAGAAAGAAAACAGGCAUUUUGUGAUGGCUGUAAAUAAGCACCAGCAGCACUUCAGUUCCCACGGGUGCAUUUGAUAACCAGUAUUGCUAAUGUGUGGCCUUUUUGUUUUGUUGGCAUGUAAGUGACUUAUUGAUUUGGUCAGUUUUCUCUGGAUACACUCUCACAGUCCCCUUUAAGUGCAUUAAUUGAAAAUACAGAGUACUCCAGUCAGUCUUAACUCACAAUAACGAUCAGAUCACAUGAUUUUGUUUGUAAUUUAAUGUCAAAUAAAGUGUAUAAUUGUUUGCUGUACGGUUCCUUGUCUUAAUGAGUCAGAAAUUUUGACAGAGCAAUUAAAAAAUAUUACUAAUGGAUUUGUUUUGUUCAAUGACUUUUAAUUGAAUCUGCUGAUUAGAGAGAGGCUGAUUUAAUUGAUUAGUUUACUGAAUGAAAAAUGUAACAACCUCUUAUUCCAGUCAACUUUUGGGUAAAAACUGAAAAAUGUAAAUUGUUACCCGUAAGCAUGAGAUUGGCACAAAAAGUGACAUGAUCAUGAUAAGUUAGGGGGAAAUAAAUUUAGUUCAAACGUUGUUUAGUUAUUUAAGGUUAAUUAUGCUUUUUAAGUUUCACCAAGUCUGAGUAAAGAGAGGUUUAAAGGAUGUGGAA